AAUCGGAGUGCAUUUCCGCCAUUCCAGCACACUGACCCCCCCAUCCCCCGCUGCGGAGACUCGCUGACCCCUCAAUUACACUCUGUUGUCGACUUCACCGGUAAGGCAGGUGCGUCCGCCAUCAGCGCUGGGAGGCGUAGACGAUACUUGUCGUCAACGGAGAUAACGAUCUGCCAAGCGCUGCUAUCUGUCUGCUCUCCUGCCCGGCCGAAGUUUCAGUCAAUCUGGUUUGGCAGUUUCGUCAGAAGCUUUUUUUUUUCUCUGUGUGUGUUUGCCGAAGGUGACAGGAUUCUCUUUGACAAACGCGAGCGCUUCAGGCCGGCAGAAGAAACAUGCGGACCCCGGUGGUGAUGAUUAUCGGGCUCGUGCUGGCCCCCUGUGGGUUCCUCCUCAGCCUCAUCGCCACAUUCAGCCCGGACUGGAGGGAACUAAGAUCGGUAAGCGGCGCCCCUGUGGACGAAAUCAUCCAGCAAGGCAUAUGGGACGUGUGUAUAGCAUCGGACAUUUCGAGCUCGAUCACCUGCGGCCAGUCGGACACCACUUACUUCUCGCAACAGGUGAUUACGGUGGCCAGAGGUCUGAUGCUCACAUCCCUUCUGGUUAUGGCAGGCGGCAUCGUGAUGGCAUCUCUGGGGGUCAGGUGUUGGCAAGAAAAUCCAAACUGGCUGAUCGCUGGUCUGAGUGGGAUCCUCAUCUUUAUUUCGGGCGUACUGUCGCUAAUCCCAGUGGCUUACUACACCAACCUGCUGUCCAACAUCACCACGACAUUCACGGCGGGGAAAUUCCAGGUGGGCUACAGCAUCGUCAUCGGCUACAUCAGCAGCUGUUUCGAGCUGAUCGGCGGCGCGUUUCUUAUCCUGUGUCUCUUCCACUUAUGCAAGCGAAGAAACGAGAAGCAGGCGAACAGCUUCUACAAUAAAUACUACCGGGAAAGCUCGCCAAAGUCGCGCAUCAGGACCAUCGACGUGCCCGACAUGACCUGGGAACACCGGCGGUCGCCCUCCUUCGGUAUUGAAGAUUUUUCGCAGCCCCCAAACCGGCAGACCCCCCGAGAGUUUGUUUCGACGGAUUUCACCAGAAACGAGCCCUGUGAUGCCGAUUUGUAGCUGGGAAGGUGACAUUAAAGGGCCGUCGUGAUGGACCAAAAAAUAACAUUUCUUUAUUAAAAAAGUCGAAAGUUGCUUAAGUGAUUUCAGCAAAUAUAUCCUUUGCCAAGUUCAUUUAGAAUGCGACAAAAGGACUCCGCAUUUGUGACGAAGUUUAAAACUGGCAACUUUUAGACUUGUAUAAAAAAAAUUAAAAACAAGACUUUGGUAAGAAAACUGACCUGCACAGUCCCUGUAAUGGCACUUUACGGGGAUGUGUGGUUCAUUGUAAUAAAUCAUUCCCUUUUGUGAAGGGCUCUUUGCACAUGAAGUUGGGUCUUCAGGCUUUGGAAAAGGUUCCUAAUGUGGACAAAACACAAAUCUUUUAAAGUAUAGUAAGCUAUGCAGCAGGACUUGAACUUAAAGGUCUGUAUUAUUGUAUGCUGCGAGAUUCCUUUUAAAAUCAGCAACCUGCUGGGAUUUCACAAAUCAGUUAUCACAUUCCUGGUUAUUUAUGAAGUCCGUUAGGAAUCAAAAGAAGUAAAGGAUUCCUUCAAGAAAGCAGGCAGGGCAGGUGUUUGCUGUGAUGCAGCAAUUCGCCCAUCUUUGACAGAAGAAAGACAUUGGGAUAUGCAAUAAAGCAUUUUAACAGCAAAACGCAAUACUUUAAUUAUAGCAGUGAGUAGAUCAAUGAUUUUAUUCAUUUUUUUAAAAAAAAGUUGCAUUAUUGUACAGUUCCACCGAAUGGGUCUGAGUUUAAAGGGUUAAAAGGCUGGACAAUUCACUUUUGAAACUUCUGGGUGAGCACAUGGGUGUCCUAUACAAAUGAAGACCACAUAUGGGGUACAGCAAAAGAAAAAUAAAUGAAUGAGAGGGUCCGACUUGAGCUGUCUGGCUACUGAAAAAAAGGCGGGAAGCAGAAUGGCUCAUUGGAGUCGCGUUCCCAGCUUCUUUGUGCAGUUCUGAUGUUCUCCCCAUUUGCUUGUGGGUGGGUUUCCAAAUAUGUGCCAUUUGAGAUGUUGCCAUACAGUUUUGGGUUGGUGUGACUGUAGCUCUGUGACUGUGUGGCGUUCCAUCAGGGGCUGUUGGUAUGGAUGUGCUAGAAGACAUGGAAUGCUCCGGAAAGAGGAGGGUGCUGGACAGGGAGAUUCUCAUCAGCACAAGUCUCGCUUCUUAUGGCCUUUGACGGCCCUAGUGGACUUAAGACAGGCAGAAGGUAUUAAAAUUCAUGCAGUAAAGUUAACCAUGUGCACUCUUGUCCAUGAUGUGAAGAAUCUAAGUGUUUAUUUCCUUUAUAAACAUUGCAUUGCAUUUGAUGACUGUGACAAAAUUUGUUUAAGAUACAAUUGUUUUAUCUGUAUUUAACAAUUAUGACAGUUCUUAAUAAAAUGUUUUUGAUUAUCUGCAUUGGAAUGCUA